UUUAUCCAUUAUGCAUGUCAGUUUACCUUUAGUGUGUUCUUGAGCUCAUUCUCAGGUAAACAGCGCAGAGAGGAACCCGGUCACAAGAUAAAGUGGACCAAAGGACAAGCUUUCAUUUCCGCAAAAAACUGGACCUUGGUUGAGUCAAAGAUGGAGCUAAUUGGAUCCACUCGGACAUCCACUUAUGCUCGGCCAAAAACCAGCCACUUCCUCCCAGCCAUCUCCACCAUGGCAUCCAGCUAUCGCAACACCCAGCUUGCUCCAGCCUUUAAUCCUAGUGCCAAUAUGUGGAGAACCAACAGCUAUUACAAGAGCACCACUGUCCCAUCCCUAUCUCCCAUACAGCAUGAUACUUUCGAUCUGGUUCGUGCCAGAACCGCGCUGUACCCCUCUAACAGGACUGCGCUGACCGCCAGGUACACCCCUGAUGACUGGUACAAGUCCAACCAUAUCCACUACCGGGAGUCUGAGUCCUCCAGGAAAAGUGCGGAGCGACUGAGGAAAGACACCAUCAGGCUGAUCCAAGACAAAGAGCAGCUCACCCGACGAACACAGGAGAGUACCAGUAAGAAUAUUGCAGACAGGCUCAAUGACAUUGUCUUCUGGAAGUCUGAGUUGACUCAUGAGAUUGACAACAUGGUGACAGAGAUAGCAGCUCUCAGUGAGGCGAAGAGGAGGCUGGAGAGAGCCUUGGCUGAGACUGAGGGCCCUGUCCAGGUGUCUCGGGAGUGUUUGUUCCACCGAGAGAAGCGGAUGUCCAUCGAUUUGGUGCAUGACGAUGUUGAAAAGGCCCUGAUAAAGGAGGUAGAAGUUGUAAAGUCGUGUCAGGAGAAGAUGAGGCGCCUUCUGGACAGAGCCAUCGCACAGCUGGCGUCAAACCGAGCAGCUCAGCAUGAGUUGGAAAAAGACAUGAGUGACAAAGUGACAGCUCAGAGGAUUGAUGACAAAUGUCACCACUUGAGGAACACAUCAGAUGGCAUCAGCUAUUACAGAGGGAUUGACAGACUCGACCAUUCCGUGUCUCUGCCGGACUCCUGGUCUAAGUUCACAGACGACAACAUCCUGCUCUCCCAGAGCCAGCGAGCGGCUUCCCACAAGCUCAGGGAUGAGAUGGAGAUCUUGCUGAACGCCACGUCUAGUGAAAUGUGGAACCAGUUCAACAGCGUCAACGUGGCCUUCACCACCCGCGUGUCAGAAACCGCCGAUGCCAAGAACAGCCUGCACGCUCACCUGGCUAAGACGCUGCAGGAGAUCUUCCAGACUGAGAUGCUGGUCGAGUCUCUGCAGAAAGCCAUCAGAGAUAAGGAGUGGCCGCUGAAAGUGGCCCAGACCAGGCUGGAGGAGAGGACUCGCAGGCCGAACGUAGAGCUCUGUCGAGACAACCCCUACCACAGGCUUGUGAACGAGGUGCGAGAGAUCGAGGAUACCAUCCACAAACUUCAGGAGAGACUGAUGGAGGCAGAGGCCACUCUGCAGACUCUGGUCAAGACCAAAAUAACUCUGGAACAUGACCUGUCCAUCAAGGCCAACUCCCUCUUCUUGGACCAGGAGAAGUGCAUGAGCAUGCGCAAGAGCUUUCCCAGCAUGCCCCGCCUGGUGGGCUACACCUAAAUCACUGCAGCUUUGGAGGUCCAGAAGAUACAAUUAAGAUUUAAAAUAUUAUGAAAUGGACACAUGUGGAUUCAAGGGGAAUCUUUAUUCUACCAUUAUUUUGAUUUUUGCAGGCUGGAAAUGUGACAAAAGCAUAGCAAAUCUUUCAUUGCACAUUUCGGAAAGACAAAAUCUCAAACAUGCAUUUUUACAUUGGCACGGAGAAUCACUGAUCUUGUGGUUUUUCUAAUAAAUUACAGUUUAAUGGUGAAUGAAAACAACAAGCAGUCUCCAGAAACACCUGGCUUAAUCUGAUGUUCCAUCCAAAUAUUUCAGAAGGACCAAACCACACACCAAACCUGGAUCCAAUUUAGUUUCUGUAUGGAUGUAAAGUCCAGAGUGAUGGUGGCAGCUUCCAACGUCAAAAUCCUGGCCAAGAUGUGAAAAAAGCAAAGUAGGGAAGCAGCUUGAUUCCUGAGAGAACUAACGAAGGCGUUUGGAAUGUUUAUGCCAUUUCCUUCCAGGAAAAUGU